AUGGUGCUGUGGAAUGCAAACAUUGAUACCUCUUGCAUCUUAUGUCAAGCACUCAUGGAAACAGUUGAUCAUCUCUUCUUUGAUUGCCCAUUUUAUGAGCAAAUAUGGAUGAGUCUUGCGAGGGGUGUGAUGAAGGAUCGAUACACGUCGAACUGGUCUGAGGUAGUGAGGAUCAUUAUGGAUGAGAAUCAAGACAAGCUUCUCCUCUUUACUAUCAGAUACUUGUUUCAAGUAACAGUUCAUAGCAUUUGGACGGAGAUGAAUAGAAGAAGGCAUCGUGAGACAGCAUCUCCACCUGCUCUCUUAGCAAAGUUGAUUGAGAAGACUAUGAGGAACAAAUUUUCAAUAGUUCAGAAGAAGAAAGACAUGAAGCUUGAAGGUGGUCUACAUCGCUAUCGUUACGUUCUCUACAUCGCUAACCAAGAAAAUCUCCAACUUUCGUUUUUUGUUCUUCUUUUCGAUUCUCUGAGAUUCCGUUCCAAGCUAGUUCGAUCGAUCGCGAGUGCAUUACCGUGA